CACAGCGGACACUACCUGGCCAGAAAAUUGCAAGUCUGCAGAGAUUGUCAUUCUCAGACCCGAACUAGGUGCGCUAAAUUAUCUUUGUUAUAUGAGGUAAAUCAUGUGGAGGGAGGUACUCGACAGAGGCCUCAAGGACUAGUCUGACUUUCAUCGUUCAUGGAGGAGUAUUGCCUUGCAGGGAUAUGGGAGGAACAUUUACCACACGCCCUGGUAUGGUUUGCAGAUGAUGAGCAUGGGACUGGACCACUUCCACUACGGGGACCAAGCUGGUCAUGGGCGAGUAGGAAUGGAUCGAUAAGAUACGAUAGGAUCUACUCCUUUGUUACAACGCCAUAUGAUGACCGUCCGAACCCAUGGGCUGCGAGCGAUUUCAAAUUUCUUGAUAUUCAGGUUCAGGCAACUACACCUGAUUCAUACGGUCAUUGCGUGGGGGGGGGUGCGAUGCGUAUCGAAUGCGUCAAACUGAUCGAUGGUACUCGUGUUUCUGAUGGGGUGUACCCAGGAAGAACUAGCAAAACCCUUCAUAUCGGAGACGAGUCUUUUAGUAUUAACUAUUAUUUUGACGAUAGGAGGGACCAUUCUAAAAUAUUCCUACCGAAGAUUUUCACAAGGAUUGUGCAGGAACACUCCGAGGCAUUUUAUCAAUGGACUCCAGAAAUUCAAGAAAGACCAUCACCUCCUUCAAGUCAUGCCAAUGGUAUACACGGCUGUGAAGAGGGACUUAUAGUAGCUCCUGUCAUCGGUAGAAAGGGGACUUUCACACUUAUAGGAAUAUAUCGAAUUCCCGGUUAAGUUGGUACUUUGCAAGCUUUUGAGGACGCCAGAAGUAAGACUGAGUCUUUACAAGAGGAUGAGUUGUCAUUGUACGAGCAAGUAUCUGGGGUCAAUGAGGCAGGAAAUCAGAAUUAUGUUAUCACUCUCAUAUAACAACCACUGGUUGACUCCAUAGAAUAUGAUUCUUCAUAUGCCUUGUCUUUUGUUUGCCCCAAGAUCUUCAAAUUUAUGAGUAGACGUCGCACAUUCCUAUCUUCGUGAAUUAGGCCAACGUUCAAUAGGCGGGUAUUCGAA